CCCACCCACCCAAGUGAAUCCUGACACCAUGUGCUACUACGGUGGCUGCUAUGGGGGCCUGGGCUAUGGCUAUGGCUCUGGUUAUGGCUGUGGAUGUGGCUGCUUCCGUGGCCUAGGCUAUGGAGGCUAUGGCUGUGGAGGCUGUGGCUAUGGAGGCUAUGGCUAUGGAGGUUAUGGCUGUGGAGGUUGUGGCUAUGGAGGCCUGAGGUAUGGAGGCUAUGGCUGUGGCUGUGGAAGCUGUGGCUAUGGAGGUCUGGGCUAUGGAGGCUAUGGCUGUGGCUGCUGCCGUCCAUCUUGCUGUGGAAGGUAUUCUUCCUAUGGCUUCUACUGAAAAACCCCUUGCUUCUGGGCUCUCAAGGAGUCUAUAAUCCUGGAAGGACAUCACCUUACAUCUGUGUCUAUAGCUGGGCUACAUGGGAAUGCUACCACAACAGGGUUUAGCAAUCCCCAUGGCACAUUCAGGGCACUGAAGUGGCAGUGACCAAGAAACAGCAGGAUCUGUCCUUCUGGCAAGUGACACAGACUCUCACCUGUCAUGAGUGACUUCUCCAGCAACUCCUUCCCAACAACUUGGCUCCCUCCUCAUACAUUAUUGUGUCUUUUAUGACUUUGCAAUAAACUUG